AUGGUCUCAUUAUUCGGCUGGGGCUCAAGCCCAAAGUCUGACUCAAGUCAGCCAGCGCAAGAAAAGCCCGCACCAGAACAACCCAAACCAAAAGUACCGGAGCUUCUACCCCAUCAAACUCCGCGACCUCCAAUCGGGUCCAACACGAAUCUCAAGCUCCUCUUCGGAGGAAUGACAUUCUUCGCACUGUCAGUUCUAGUGACACGGCGCGCAUUCAACAAAAAGCGCAUCGCUUGCAUCCCACCUUUCUACACAAGCUCUGUCUAUCAUCAGCCCCACUCAAACUCGGCAAUGGACGCCUUCGAGGCUCUCAACCUGGCCACUCUCAAUGUGGUUUCAUUCGGUCUGAUGGCCGGUGGAGCAGCCGGGUAUGCACUUAACAUCAACAAUAUCGAUGAUAUGCGGAAGUUCGUGCGAGCUGGUUUGCAGGGUGGCAGUGACACACCUGUGAAGAGCGAUGAGGAGCUCGAGGAGGAGGUGACCGAGUGGGUAUCCAAGGUCCUCGGUGACAAGUUUGAGAAGCAGCUGGAGAAGGAAAAAAUGAAGAGGGCGUUCCAGCAGGCUCAGGCUGAUCAGACUGCGAAAGAAAACUGA